AUGGAUUUGGAAGUUAAAGGAGUUGCUGCAUCCCCUCAGAGGCAAGCUCAGCUGUCAUCGAGGGGGAAGAAGUGUCAGGGCUGGAGAGCAGAUACAUGGGCUGCUCGUGGUCCUCGCCCACCAGAGGUGCCGUGCCUAGACCUACGGAGGCUGGGAGAUUCUGAUGAAGAGGAUGGGGACUCUUACAUACCAUACAGUGGAAAUAAUCCUCAUACGUGCCCUCUAAAUUCAUCCUCAGAUUGGAGAACAUCGUUACAAACGCCAUAUGCACAGCAUCAUCAGGCUCAACAGGUUAAAAAAUGGCAGAAUAUGAAGAACUCAAUGAAAAUUAAGCCUGAAUAUGCAGUCAUAUUUGCAUUUUUUCUUACUGUGAAACAUAGUGUCAAGAAGUUUCAGAAGUUACACUGGAAGGGAAUUAUAAUAAUGCUGUUCCCGUUCAAUAGAUCAACUAGAGGCUUUUAUAUUGAUUACUCUUUGCUUUAUCAUUCUGUUUUGGAGCAGAAGACAAUACCAGAAAAUCUGCCAUUCCCAACAGACAGAUAUAAACUGAAGUAUCGUCAGUAUGAAGCAGAUAUGAAGGAAGAAUAUAAGCAGUAUUCUCAGAGAAUUGCAGAAAAGAAAAAAGACCACCUCCAGUGUCCGAAAGCUUCAAUAAAGUACCAGUCUGACACCAUCAUGUCAUCUGUUUUCCAAGGAUUGACACCUUUAAAUGCUGUACUACAAGCCUAUCAAAAGGGUGUUUACAGGAGCAGCCAGGUUAAUCCAAAACGGAAGAAAUAG